GUUGAAGGACAACUAGUCCCAACAACAACAGAAGUAACUUCUCAGAAAAAUCCCUCAAAUCCUCACUAUACUCUUACUAUUUACUAUUUUGUUUUCAAGUAAACAAACAAAAAACGUUUUACUCACUUUUCUUCCUUACUACUACUACUACUACUCCAUGAUACUAAUAAUUAGUUCUUCUUUUUACCUUACUCAAUUUCAUCCAUCUUCUUGUUCUCUUGCUAUUUACUCCUUCCACUGCCACACACCAUUAAUUUUCAACCUUGUUGCAGGCAGAGCCUGGAAUUUCAAUUAAAGGAAAUGUUCCAUCAUCAUCUUCAUCACAAGUCAAAGCUUCUUUCUAUUUUCAUCAUCUUCAUCACAAUCUUCAUAACAGUAACAACUGCUGAACAAAACAAAACUGACUGUGUUCAAAGAUGUGGAAAACAAUCUGUUAAGUAUCCAUUUGGAUUUUCCGAAGGUUGUAAAAUCAAACUAAACUGCAGCAUCAAUAAAGAACUCAAGAUUGGUGAACUGAAAGUUCAAGAAGUGAAUUCUGAUAGUAUAUUCAUAUCUUUACCAGCAAAAUGUAACCGUAGCAUAAGUUUCAUAAACCAACUUUUCGACAAAAACUAUGCUCCAACAUGGAACAACACGUUCCUCGUACAAGAUUGUAGUGCUUCAAACUACAGUGGUUGUGUUAUUCCAGCUUCGAGUUUCGUUGGAAAACAGAUAGAAGGUUGUGAUGGUUCAAGAAGAAGUGAUAAUAUCAAUUGUUUCACGCAGUUGCAGCGUCGAAGACCGCGUGAAGAUGUUCUUGCUCUUGAAGAUUGGAAGAAAAUUGAAUGCAAUUUUUUGUUUUCUGCCAUUGCUUUUGAUAACAGUAAAGUCAACGAGGCUCCACUUCAGUUUCAGGUUGUUGAGUUAGGAUGGUGGCUAGAAGGUUCUUGUCCACGAUGUUCUCGAGAUGCUAACUGUACAGAGGUUCAUCUUGCCGAAGGAAAACAAGGUUUCCGGUGUCGCUGCCACAAAGGUUUCGUCGGAGAUGGAUUUGUCAACGGUUCUCGUUGCCGGAGAGUUUCACGUUGCAGUCCUUCAACACUUGGGUCUAGCAAAUGUGGAAAGGCACUCAGAAUUGGUGUACUUCUUGGAGUGAUCACAGUUGGAGCCUCCAUAACAGCUGUACUGUCUCUACUAUGCUACUUCGCCAAACGUCGUUCGUCAUGGCUGACAAAACAAUUGACGGUAAAGCGUCUAUUAAGAGAAGCUGCAGGCAACUACAUUGUUCCUCUCUAUCCCUACAAAGAAAUAGAGAAAGCCACAAAUUUUUUCUCGGAAAAACACAGGUUAGGAACCGGUGCUUAUGGCACGGUUUACGCCGGAAACCUUCACAGUGAUGAAUUGGUUGCUAUAAAAAAAAUCAGGUAUAGAGACACCAACAGUGUUGACCAAGUUAUGAAUGAAAUCAAGCUCCUUUCUUCGGUUAGUCACCCGAAUUUAGUACGCCUUUUAGGUUGUUGCAUAGAAAAAGGAGAGCAUAUACUUGUUUAUGAGUAUAUGCCAAAUGGAACACUAUCGCAACAUUUACAAAGAGAAAGAGGUGGAGUACUUCCUUGGACAAUAAGACUCACCAUUGCCUCUGAAACUGCUAAUGCUAUAGCAUUUCUCCAUUCUUCAAAUCCUCCAAUUUAUCAUAGAGACAUAAAAUCUAGUAAUAUACUUUUGGACUUUAGCUUUCAUUCGAAAGUAGCAGAUUUCGGACUUUCCAGACUUGGCAUGACAGAAACAUCACAUAUCUCAACCGCGCCUCAAGGGACUCCGGGUUAUGUUGAUCCACAAUAUCACCAAAACUUUCAUCUUUCUGAUAAAAGUGAUGUCUAUAGUUUCGGAGUUGUUUUGGUAGAGAUAAUAACAGCAAUGAAAGUGGUUGAUUUUGGUAGACCUCAGAGUGAGAUUAAUUUGGCAGCACUUGCUGUUGAAAAGAUUAGAAAAGGUCGUAUUGACGACAUCAUAGAUCCUUUCCUUGAUCUAAAUAGGGAUGCUUGGACACUCUAUUCUGUUCAAAAGGUAGCUGAGCUUGCAUUUAGAUGCCUCGCUUUUCAUAGCGACGUGAGGCCUAGUAUGAUUGAGGUUGCUGAGGAGCUAGAUCAUAUCAGACGUAGCGGAUGGGCAACGAUGGAGGAAACUAUAUGCAUGGGAUCAUCGGUUGGAUCCGCAUGCUCAUCGCCUCGUAGUAAUAGAAAUGAGAAUCUAGUCUCACAGAAUGAGAUAUUGGUUGUUCCACAAAAGACUAAUAGUUUUUUGCAAUCAAUAGAGGAGGUGAAGGAUAGUUCCCCUGUAUCUGUUCAUGGUACUUGGUCAAGUAGACCUAGCUCACCUUCAACAAACAGUUUGCUGGGAAACGUUGUUCAGUGACAUGUACUUAGCGUAUGUUUGGUAUGAUAGUGAAUAUGUCAGAAUUAGAAUCACCGUGUUUCUGACAUAUUCACCGUGAUACCAAACAUAUGCUUAUUAUUUUGGGUGGAUAAAACAUGAUGUGCUUGUAAACCACAAAGGCCUUUAAUAGUGUUAUCUUCUCUUUUGCAGUUACAAACUAUAGCUAUUUUAGUGUGUGAAUUGCAUUAGACUUGUAAAGGAAGUAUACACUUGAGUAGUAUUUGAAAAAUAAGCUUGAAAUUAAUAACUAACAUUUGAGCCUAUAAUUAUCUUGUUUGUAAUUUGGUUAGUGAAGUAAGGUUUCUUGUAUA